CCUAGUUCAAGAACUGUCUAUCCAUACGUCAGUAGCACAUCGAUGCGCUUCAAGUCGGUGUCUUCGUUGCGACCAUAUACAUAUAACACAUUCUUGUGCGCUUGACGGCCCAACUGUCUCUCAUCUAUUUCGAGCCGAUCUGCUCAGGAUGGGUAAAGGCACAGACAAGCUCUACAUCACACAUUCCGAGUGGGCUUCCUCAGACGCCUUCUCGGCGAACACUGGUUCUCGAUCCAAAGCAGCCGGCGCUCCUUUUCGACGACUACCUUUUAACUUCUGCGCGGCAAGUCUCCAGCCUUUCAAGAACCCCGUUUGUACACCCGACGGUACCAUUUUCGACACCGAGGUCAUUUCAAAAUGGUUGGAAAAGCGCAAGACAAAUCCUGUCGACGGAAAACCUCUCGCUGUUCGCGACCUCCUCAAGCUAAACUUCUCGCGCAACGCCGAUGUUGAUAGCAAAGCUGCAGAUGGUAAAGGAAGUGAUGGUAAAGGAGAUUUUAUAGAUCCUGUCACCUUCAAGGUUUUCACAGACAACACACACAUCGUUGCUAUCCGGCAUGGAACUUACGCCAACGUCUUCGCUUUUGACACGGUCGAAAGAAUGAACAUCAAGGCCAAAAUGUGGAGAGAUUUGCUGGACGAUACCGAGUUUGGUCGCUCAGAUAUAAUCACACUUCAAGAUCCCCAGAAUGCCGCCAGUAGAGAUUUGAGCCAGUUCAAAUACAUCAAGGACGGCGAGGACGCGUUGUUAACCAGUCAGCAAGAAGAAGAGCGGAAAGAGGGAAAUGUCAACAUUGGCGCUCUAGGCAGUGUUGGCGACAAAGUGUUGAGAGCAAAAGAAGCAGUCGAAAAAGCAAGACGAGACCGUGAGGCAGGCCAUGAUAUCAAUCGUUCCUCAACCGCCAUAGUAAAGACUGGUACAAGUAGUGCUCCGAAGCCAAGCAUGAUACAAGAUAGAAAAGCAGCUUACAAUGCUGCGGUAUAUACCACUGGGCGAGCGGCGGCAAGCUUUACGAGCACAGGGCUAACACCCGAAACGAGUGGCGAACGAGCCAUACUAACGGACGAAGAAUACAUGUUGAAGCCUAAGCGUGUGAAAAUUCGCGGAUACGCACGAAUUGAGACGAACUUGGGUGACCUGAACAUCGAGCUAUUUACUGAGUAUGCACCAAAAGCUGUAUGGAACUUUACUCGGCUCGCCCAGAAGGGUUAUUACAAGGGUGUCGCCUUUCACCGGAAUAUUAAGAAUUUCAUGAUUCAAGGUGGUGACCCUUCAGGGACUGGACGGGGCGGGAGCAGCAUAUGGGGCAAAAACUUCCAGGAUGAAUUCGACGGGCCCAACACUCACGAUGCCCGUGGUAUUUUGAGCAUGGCCAACAAAGGCAAAAACACCAACUCUAGUCAGUUUUUCAUCACAUACCGACCGGUCAAACAUCUCGAUAGAAAACAUACUAUAUUCGGCAAGGUUGUUGGCGGUAUGGAUGUUCUUAGCAAGAUGGAAACAGUCGAAACAGAUGGCUCGGACCGGCCAUUGAACAAAAUAUUCAUGAAGGAGGUCGUGGUCUACUUAGACCCCUUUGACGAGUUUCAAAAACAAAAGGCUGAGCGCGACAAAGUUGCUGAGGCCAAAGCAGAAAUUGCAAGAACAGGUGGCACCGACGAUGAUAAGAUGACAUGGACCGGGAAACGCGUAAGAGCAGAUGGUACAGUGGAUCAAGAUAGUGGUAGUGUAGGUGUAGGCAAGUACCUUAGGGCAGCGCAAUUACACCAACGUGUAGACGACGAGAUCAUAGAAGAAGAUCUCGAUACCUGGGACGAACCGGUCAAAAAGAAGACGAAAACAGGCGGGUUCGGUAAUUUCGAUAAUUGGUAGUCAGGAUGAGCUCGGAAUCUCCCUGGAAACUCAAAACCCCCUAUUUAGUUCAAAAUAGACACGACAACUAGUCGGCAUCAGUCAGGAGAGCCACUCUUUCCAAAUCGCUUUUUACUCUGUAGAUCCUACUACUGUCCCACAGUGGUGAGUAGAAAUGCAUUACUAUUCCACUACUGAACAGAUCAGAAUGCUCGCAUUCUUGGAUACGCGGUAUACAGCUGAAAAACGCUCCGGGUCACUAGAACAUAUCCCGGGCUACUCUCUAAGUCCCUGCUUAAAAAUAUCUGUUCCUAGCAUCAUAUAUGCUUAUUUACCUGCCAUAGCUGGGAUCUCAGCUCAGGUUCUAGCGCUAACCAAGUCAUUC